AUGUCUCCCAGAGUCAGGAAUUUCUACCUCCGAUGCGGUCACGCUGUAAAUCUCCCCGAAGAAACGUACUCAAUUUUCCCGCCUCUCUCUAGAUUACAUGCGAACAGUCCAACUGCAAGUUCAGUCCAUUCCACCCUGCGAGCUGCAGGCCGCCUGCUUGCCACCAGACCUGUUGGCAAUAUCACCGAUAUCCUGAACAAUAUUCCCCCCAAAUCGACAGGUAUUGCCCCACCUGCAGCCAGGCUAUGCAGUACCGCCGCUGAAGAAGGGCUUCGUAUCUAUACCGUUACUAGGACAUUUCAUUAA